CCCCCCCCCCCCCCCCCCCCGCACCCACGCUCAUACCCGCACUCCCCCGAAGCCGAGAGCUUCAUCCACUCACCUAAUCUGACUGAAGGAAAGCCACCGUUACUGUUUAUCGCUUAACCCCGACUUAAAUUCGCGACAGACGGGAUACCCACAGAGAAGGAAUGCGCCAACACGUACCUGACCUCUGAGACAAGUCCCUUGCUCCAGCGGAAUUUUCGGCCGCCGCGCAACCGAAGACCGUGAACAGAAACGAAGGCUCGAGGAACCUGCGUAGUCUCCAACUGCGCAUCCCGAUCCGACGUCACAGACAGCUCGCGGUGUAGGCGGGGCCAUUCUUGGUAGCGCGUCACAUCUUCUAAGGGGCGGGACCGUGCUUGGAACGAACAUCAAAACACUCACCGUGUAAAUUCCUGGAAGGCUUGGAAUCCUGACUUCUGCCUUGGCUGAAGAAGCUCUCACCACCAACUCCUCGCUGUGAAAUGCAUUCAUCCCUACAUGCAUAGACCACAUUGCAGAAUGAGCAUAGCCAUUGUUUUAAAUGCUUUACUUGUGUCCAUCCUAGCAGCUGUGUUGUGGAAGUAUGCUAAAUUGUGGGAGCAUGCUGUGUCCAUAGAGGAAGAAUUGUUGCUUUCUCAACAGACUCAAGAGCUGUCCCAAGUAAAGAUUGACUACCAUGCUGCAUUGCAAGCCCUCAUGGAAGAUGGCACCAGAAUGGCUUGUACAGGAACAAUGCACACUGAGCGGAUCUGCCGGUUUGAAUCCCUCUGCUACUCUACUAAUGUUGAUGAGUUUGUUUUCUUUCACAGCAAUGCUUCUAUCUUGCUGCCAAAUCUAGGCUCUCGGAGGUUCCAGCCUGCUCUGCUGGACCUAUCUUCUGCUGAAGAUCAUAGUGCACAGUACUUCAAUUUUGUAGAGUUGACUAUUGAUGCUCUUCAGUUCAUGCCAAAACCUGUCUUUGUGCCAGAUGUCGCAUUGAUUAUGAACCGUUUCAACCCAGACAACCUCAUGCAUGUCUUUCAUGAUGAUCUCCUCCCAAUCUACUACACCAUGCAACUGUUCCCAGACUUGGACCAAGAAUCACGAUUGGUGUUUAUGGAAGGUUGGAAUGAAGGGCCACACUUUGACCUCUACAAAUUGUUUAGCAACAAGCAACCCCUUCUGAAGGAUCACCUGAAAGGUCUCGGAAAGCUGCUUUGCUUUACAAAGUCUUAUGUUGGAUUGUCAAAAAUGACAACUUGGUAUCAGUAUGGGUUCAUCCAACCUCAGCGACCAAAAGCAAACAUAUUGAUAUCGGGGAAUGAAAUUAGGCAAUUUGCAAACUUCCUGGUGGAAAAAUUAAAUGUUACCACAGACUCCAGUGGUGAAGAGUACAUUGUGGUGUUCAGUCGCACAAUUAAUAGGUUGAUUCUAAAUGAAGCGGAAUUAAUCUUGGGUUUGGCACAGGAAUUUCAGAUGAAGACUAUUGUGGUGACUCUGGAUGACCAUUCCUUUAGUGAUCUUGUGCUAUUAAUUCGCGGAGCCUCUAUGCUGGUCAGCAUGCACGGAGCUCAGCUGGUAAUGGCACUCUUUCUGCCCCCAGGUGCUGUAGUUGUUGAAUUGUUCCCCUAUGCUAUUAAUCCAGAACAUUACACACCUUAUAAAACUUUGGCAUCUCUCCCUGGUAUGGACCUACAGUAUGUUGCCUGGAGGAAUACUAAGGAGGAGAAUACAGUUACCCAUCCAAACAGACCAUGGGAACAAGGUGGCAUUGCUCAUCUUGCUCAGUCUCAACAAGAGCGUAUAAAAAAGAGCAAAGAGGUUCCUCGCCACCUAUGCUGCCGAAAUCCUGAGUGGUUGUUUCGCGCUUAUCAGGACACCAUAGUGGAUAUCCCAUCAGUGAUAAGUGCCAUUCAUCAGACAGUGGGAUCCAAACUUCCUCUCAAAAAGAUUAUGUCAAGCAGUUUAAUAUAUCCUGGAAAAGUAAGAGAUUCCAAGUGCCAUCCCCCUGAUCAGGUCACCAAUGUUGGAAAGUUAUCCAUUUCAUGGGAAGUACCUUGGAACCUGAAGUAUUUAAAAGUAAAAGAGGUGAAGUAUGAGGUAUGGAUCCAGGAACGAGGUGAGAAUACCUACAUGCCUUACAUCCUGCCUUACCAGAACUAUACAUUCAUGGAAAACAUUAAACCAUUUACAGCCUACAUGGUUUGGAUAAGAUGCAUCAUUAAUGAAAACCUUCUUGGCCCCUUUGCAGAGGUACUGACUUGCAACACAUAGUGCAGUUUGUUAGACAGACAAGAAGAAAUAUCAUGUGCUUCAAUAAAUUGUGUGACUUAGAAAUGUAUAAUUCAAUAUUCGUUAAGCCCCUGUAGCUGAAAAUACUUGUAGCGAAUAAAGGGACAGAUGUUAAAUAAUAAUAGUAGAUAUUUUGGGGCUUUGUGCAAUUUGAGUGAGCUUAUAGUCAAGUGCUGCCCCGAUGGAAAGAAAUACAGAUUCAAAGCCAAUUAAGAUUUGGCUGAUUUGCAGUUCACCCUGGUUGGGGCAGAUUGUAACUAAAAUCAGUAAUGUAGAUUUAGACUGUUUUGAAAAACAGUGGUUGGAUAAAACACGAGGCGUACCUGAAAUCAGAAACUGAAUGUCUAAGUAAGGGUUGUACCAUUCGCCAUGGCAAUGUGUGAGCCAGAGGCAAUGUGAAUGUUUGCAUUCAUGUGAAGAUAGUGCUAGGGUUUGCUGUUGAAGCAACAAUGGCUAGCUUGCUUCCAUUAACAAUUAUUAGUAUUAUAUAUCAUUUGACUGACGUAACAAAAAACAACCAAAGCUUCUUCAACAAAGAUAAUGAUUAUAACUACUGAAUACUUGUGAGCUUUACACAGGCCUGCUGUGUUCUGAGCCACAGCUACAGAAAAGAAUACAUGAUGAUUGCAUAUAAGCUAAAAUGAAUUUGCUUGGUAAAGUGUUUGUGUUUUAUAAAUCUUUCUCUUCCCCUCUGUCAGAAGUUCCUAUUAUUAAAGCCUGGCCCAACCCAAUUGGAAACUACUUCAUCAUACCUGUUUAUUUGCAGAAUGGUCAAUUCCAUCGCUGUUUCUGCAUAAAAUACAGGAAUGGCAACUACCUUAAGUUGCUAAAAACAUGGCUGUUUAUAGGCUUUAUGUUCUCUGUUUCCACAAAUUGUUUUUUUUCAUACAUUGAGUAACCUUUGCUAAAGAAAUCAACCUAGAUGCUAACUUAUUUCAGUUCCCUUCUCACAGCUCUGCAAUUCUGUGUGUAGUUCUCUUUUUAAAAAUUACCUGAUUCUAAAUUACGGUCUUAAAAAUCUUCUUCCAACUCUCCUCCAUCUCAUUUUGGAUUAAAAAAUAACCAAGGUUCCACAAUUGCGCCUAAAUGUGCGAAAUUCUACUAUUAAUCUUGAUCAUUGGCUGAACCUCUCCAGUAAAAUGUUACUCCAGAUAUGGUCUUGCCAAUAUCAAGCGGCAAUCUUAAUAUGUCCCUUUUGAAUUAUAAGUUAUAAUCUUGCUCAAUAUUUAUGUUUACAACUUUACUUGCAAUAAUCUGAUUAGAUUAAAUGUAGAAGUAGAGUUAAUAAAUUUGCAUUCCCGUUGGAAAGCAUAGGUCAUUCAAUCCAGCUCAGGUAUAAUGGACUGACUGCCAUCUUCUGCGCUAUUCAUUCUAUGAUUCUAAAUAAAAUUGAUGAGAUUUUAGGUCUUGAUACCCUUAGUUCCUUUUUGUGGUCAUUUUUGAGUCAGGAUGUUGAGCGCUUUAGAAAUGAAAAUAUUCUGAUUAUUUUGCCAAUUUUGACCUUGGUAAAGUUUGUGUGGUUGGACUAUGCUGUUAGAAUAUAUUUGCUGAAUCCCUGUUGUUCUUCCAGUGAAUAGUGCAUGCUGAAAAUGUGCUGGUGGUGUAAUUGGUAGAUCUUGAUUUCAGGUGUGGAAGUGCCAAUCUGGCAACUGUUUUGCAUUGGUGGUGCUGAGCAUCUUGGGUUGUCGGACAUGCACCUUAUUCAGGUGACUAUUCCAUCACACUCUUGAGGUCUCUACAUGGUGGUGAGGCUUUGAUGGAACGUACAAGUGAGUCACUGGUCAAAGAGUAUCCAGUAUCUGAUCUUAAAGCCACUAGUUUCUCCAGUUUAACUUCUUGUCAACACAUCAACAGUGGAAGGCUCUGCACUGAUGAGAUUAUUAAAUCUCAGGCAUCAGUGGCACCUUUUCUUUGAGAUGGCCAUUGCCAAGCACAGAAGCUGCUUUAUUGGAAUCAUAACUUGUGUUGAAUGAAUCUGAAAAAAAAUGGAAGGUCUGUUAUGAAUUAUCCAUAUUGAUUCAUGUUAAACAUUGAAGAGAACAUGAAAUAGAAACAAAAACUGCCAGUGCUCUCAAGUCGUUGAAUGAAGUUGUAGUACUGGUGACAACAGAACUGAUUGCCAGUACUUGUAAGAAUAUGUCAGUGUAUUCAUUAACACAGAUAUUACAGUCUUAUUGCUGUUAAAUGGGAGUCUUCUGAUGUGACAUACUAAUGACCAUAACAAAUUACAGGAAUAACAUUUGAUAAAUGUGAACAGUGCUGCAGAACAUCAAUUUCAGGAGAUGAAUAUUAAAAAAAACCCUGCCUUUUAUACAGCAUCUUUCACAACCAUCUGAUAUCUCAAAGUCUUCAACAACCAAUUUGUGUCUAGAUCAAAGUCAUGAAAAUGAAAACUACACUGGUAGCUGGAUGGACUGAUGAACAAUUGCACGAGUUUAAAAUCAGUAAGAGGAAUGAACAGGUAAAACAAAUUUAAAAAACACUUCAACCUUGGGAGCUAAGCUAAAAUAAUAAUAUAAUAGUGUACAAUGUGUGCUCGGAGUGUAUGUAAGAUGACUAUUGUGAAAGUUUUGAACUGUUAUUUAACAUUUGUCUGAUUUUUAAUCUUUGUGCAUUACCUUUCUUUUGAAUCAGGGAAUAUUGACUAUUUAAUGAAUAAUUAAAUUGAUUUAUUGCUCUGUGUGUCAUUAACUGUACAGACAGGAGAAACACGCUGCUUUAACUUGGUCGUUGCAGUUUAUUUGAUACUGUGCCCAGGUAUGUUUGUGGAUUAUUGUUCAAGUAAAAUUUGAGCCAAAGGCUGAGCGAUUUUAUUUUAAGUUUGUUUUUAGUGUUAACAUAAAUCUGUGUGGAAUUUCUGUACCUUGAAGAUUAAAUAUAGUAUUAAGAGA